AUGCAUAUUGCCACAAGAAGGACAUUAGAAAUAGAAAUUACUUCAACAAUUAAAUAUUUGUGUGAUAUUGAAAAAUCUAUAAAAGAAAAAUAUAAACAACAUUAUUCUAAAAUUACAUUUCCGCACCAUUAUACUUUGUUAACUGUUAGAAAGGCUGAUGAAAGUGAUGAUGAUGCAGUGAUAUUUGAUUCGAGUUUAAAAUUUCAAGAUGCCAUUAGUACUUUUGGUGAAGAUUUGGUGCUGAUUUACUACACAAAAUGCAAUGAAGAUGCUUUGCUUUGUGUAAGAUUGCCAAUUCCAAAUUAUUCUACAACAAAUUAUAAGGAACCGUUUAUAAGAUCGAUAUAUGGCCUAUCCCCAGAAUCCGUUGAAUCCUGGCCUAAUUUUUACGAAGUUUUACCACAAAAAGAUUCCUUUUCUCGAAAUGCAAAGCGCUCAAUAAAUUUGUCAUCUUUUUCUCAAUCCACAAUAACAAAUAGAGAUGACGUUAUUAAUGUAAUAGAAUUAAAUAUUUUAAGAAUUCUAAAUAAACUUUAUUUUAAGGAUUAUUAUCUUUCAUUUGAUUCAUCCCAUUUUGAUUGGAGUAAAACGGAUAACAUAACAAGCUCUUAUAAUUUCAAAGGUAAUCCGGAUUGGUCAUUUAGAAAACAUGAUAACGACGAUACGAUAUUAGUAAUUAGUGCCGCCACGAAAUGGGAGGUGGAUAUAAAGGUGGAAGGGAAUCUCGAAUUGAUUUAUAAUGAUGGUUUAAAAAGUAUUAAAAAGGGUACGGCAAACGGUUUUACAAGAUCACUUGUAACGCAAAUUAAUCGAAUCUUCACUUAUUUAUCGCUCAAUGGACUUCAAUAUGGAGUUUUGACGACGUAUGAAAACACGUGGUUUUUAACUAGACCCAAAAAGAAUCCAAAUCAGCUUUUAAUUUCUAAAAGUUUCUCUCCUAAUGAUAAACGACCAACUCUACUCAAGAUUUUCGCGUCAUUCCUACAUAUGGUUAACAAUGAUCCAUCAUCACCAAUUAAUAUGCCCGAUUUUUCAAUUUCUCCUCAAAUUGUGACAAAGUAUAAUAAAGAAAGUAUAUUACCCAAAAAUUCAACAAUUUCAACCAAAUAUCUGAAGAUUAAUGGAAAAUGUUUAGGGAGCGCAAGGAUGGGAGGUGUGUUUAUAAGUUCUUAUAAAGGUGAAACCAUUGCACUAAAGUUAUGUGACAUUUCAAAGCAUCCGGAAUUAUUAGGUGAAAUGCAAAAGGAAGUCGAAUGUUAUCAACGGAUGAAAGAUAUACAAGGAAAUUACAUACCAAAACUGAUCUGUAACGGGUAUAUUCUAAAUGGCAUGUUUUUUGUCAUAGGGACUUCAUACGGUGGAAAACGUAUGAAUGAAGGAGACGAUGAAGGAUAUGGCGUCAUAACACGAGACGAAUAUGAUCUUGCCAUUAAAGCAUUGGAUCAAAUUCACGCGCAUGAUAUUAUUCAUGGGGACAUUAGACCUGAAAACAUUUUAUUUGACGGGCAAAGGCUACGAUUCGAAAAGACAACCUUCAAAAGUCAAACGACACCACGCUCUAAUAAAAUGAAUGGUCAUUAUGCACCAGAGCAAAUUUCACUUUGGGAAGAUUUCGAUGAAGAUUGUAAAAAAACGGAAAAAGAUCUUUAUGAAUUAUUUGAAGAUGCCGUAAAUAUAUACUUAAUGGAGUUUCUUUCACAUAUAGAUGACUCAUUUGAGAUUUGGGAAGUUGAAAAAAAACUACCAAAGUCAGGUUUCACACCUGAUUUUACAAUUUCUAGAGGUAUAAAUGAAGGUUGUUUAUUGCCUAUAGAAGUAAAACUCAAGCAUGUAUUUGAAAAUAUGAAAACUGAAAUUCAUACUUUAUAUAAUGAACAAAUAGAACAUGUUAAAAAUCGUAAGGAGGUCAAUAAACCAGACAUAGUGCCACCAAUUUUACAAACUUACAAAUAUAUGUUACAUGAAGGAUUUUUUUAUGGAAUAUUAACUACAUAUGAUUGUACUUGGGUACUUAAAUUUGAAGUUGAUCAAGACAAUUCGGAUGUUGAGAAGGUUUUUAUUAGUAGACGAAUCGAAAACCAUGAAUUGGUUAAAAUAUUAAUAUGUGUACUUUUAUUUAUUUUUCAAGAUGAAGAACGGGAAAGGAAAUUCAAUUUUAAGUUGGAAGGUUGUAAGAGACUUAAAAUCAAAGUAUAA